AUGGUUCGCAAAUGGACCACUAAGGAUGGUCUCGUUGGUGACUACGACUACAAAUAUCUAUUCACCCCAGAUAUCCCAUUCGUCUCCAAAGAACCAAAGACACAGCCAUUCUUUGGUCUCAAUUCAGACAUGCCCAUUUUAUUGGGUGCGCUUUUAGGGUUGCAACACGCAUUGGCCAUGAUUGGUGGACUUGUCUCCCCGCCCAUAUUAAUUAGUUCAGCUGCAAACUUGAGCGCAGAAACUCAACAAUAUCUAGUGUCAACAGUGUUGAUUGUCUCGGCCAUUUUGUCAUGUAUCCAAAUCACUAGAUUUCACAUCAUUGGUACACCAUACUAUUUAGGAACUGGUCUCUUGUCAGUUUGUGGUCCUUCGUUUGCUACAUUGGCCGUUACCAACAACGCCUUCCCCAUGAUGUACACUGCCGGCGUUUGCCCCGUUGCCGAUGACGGCACUCACUUACCAUGCCCCGAUGGAUAUGGUAAGAUCUUGGCCAGCGCUAUAGUAUGCGGUUUACUCGAAAUCUUGCUUUCAUUCAUGCCUGCGAAAAUCUUGCAAAAAGUGUUUCCCCCAUUGGUGACCGGUCCCGUGGUCACUUUGAUUGGUGUACACUUGUUGGAAACAGGCUUUGAAGACUGGGUUGGUGGUUCUGGUUGUGUUGGAGACACAUGUACCAUGGGUAAAUUCUCCAAACCAUGGGGAUCGGCACAGUUUAUUGGUUUGGGCUUUUUGGUUUACGUUUCAAUCAUCUUGGCUGAAAAGUUUGGUGCACCAAUCAUGAAGAGUUGUGCAGUCAUUGUUGGUUUACUUGUUGGAUGUAUUGUUGCAGCUGCUUGUGGCUACUUUGACUCUUCAACUAUCUCUGCUGCAAAGACUGCAAGUUUCAUUUGGGUCGAGACUUUUAAAUUGGAAGUUUACGGCCCAGCAAUACUUCCAUUCUUAGCCGUGUAUGUGGUUUUGAUGAUGGAGGCUAUUGGUGAUAUCACUGCAACAUCGGAUGUUUCGAGAUUGGAAGUCGAGGGUGAAGUUUACGACUCACGUAUCCAAGGUGGUAUCCUUGCAGACGGUCUCAAUGGAAUCUUGGCAGGCUUGAUGACUGUGACGCCAAUGUCUGUUUUUGCUCAAAAUAAUGGUGUUAUUGCCAUUACCAAGUGUGCCAACCGUGUUGCCGGGUACUGGUGUGCCUUUUUUCUUUUGAUCAUGGGAAUCUUUGCUAAAUUCGCUGCUGCUAUUGUCUCGAUCCCUAAGCCAGUGCUUGGUGGAAUGACAAGUUUCCUUUUCACUUCGGUGAUGAUCUCAGGUAUCAAGAUUAUCUCAUCUACUGAGUUCACCAGACGUGACCGUUUUGUGCUCACUGCUGCCGUCUUGCCUGGUUUGGGUGCAACCUUGGUUCCAACAUGGUUUGACAAUGUAUUCACUUAUUCAGGUGACAACCACGCUCUCACAGGGUUCUUUAACGCCAUUGUACUUGUUAUGGAGUCGGGUUUUGCAGUCACCGGUAUUAUUGGUGUUAUCUUGAACCUUGUGUUGCCACAAGUAUACGAUGAUGUGGAGGAAGUUAAUGAAUUGGUGUUGGAAACGGUUGGAUCAGCUGACGAACACGCAAGAGAGGAAUAUGCUAGAAAAGAAGGAAUCACUUUGGAACAGCUAAAGAGUAACAUAUCGCACCAAAAGGGUUCCGGCACGACUAUCAUCCACUCAGCUGAUGGGAUGCCUGAUCUAGCUUAA